AGGGGUUGGGACUCCAGCUUGACUGCGGUGGAAGUUAACAGAAGGGAGGGAGAGCAUGGGGAACGACUGCUGACACUUAGUAUAUCUUAUUUCAAAGACGGAUUGACCAAAUUAUCGCCAGAAAGAACAGCAAAUAUUGAAAAAACGGCACCGGUAAACAUGCAGGUGCAGCAUCAUUUGCAAAUAGCAUUUAAGUCCAAUUGCGUAUAGGUACGGUGGAGGCCAUUGACAGUUAAUGGACUGAUGGCGCCUGAGUGACGUGCCAUGGCCCUGAUGAUCCCCCCGGUGAAGCUGAAAUGGCUGGAACACCUCAACAGCUCGUGGAUCACAGAGGACAGCGAGUCCAUCGCCACGCGGGAGGGCGUGUCGGUGCUCCACUCCAAGCUGCUGGCCAACAAAGAGGUGGUGCUGCUGCCGCAGCAGGUGCUGUGCCUGAAGGGCCCGCAGCUGCCCGACUUUGAGCGCGAGUCGCUCUCCAGCGAUGAGCAGGAGCACUACCUGGACGCCCUGCUGGGCAGCCAGCUGGCCCUGGCCAAGACGGUGUGCUCGGACUCGCCCUUCGCCGCCGCGCUGCGCAAGCGGCUGCUGGUGCUGCAGCGCGUCUUCUACGCGCUCUCCAACAAGUACCACGACAAGGGCAAGGUGAAGCAGCAGCAGCACUCGCCCGAGAGCAGCGCCGGGGCGGCCGACCUGCACUCGGUGAGCGAGCGCCCGCGCUCCAGCACCGACGCGCUCAUCGAGAUGGGCGUGCGCACGGGCCUCAGCCUGCUCUUCGCCCUGCUGCGCCAGAGCUGGAUGACGCCGCCGCCCGGCCCGGGCCUCAACCUGUGCAACGAUGUCAUCCACACGGCCAUCGACGUGGUCAGCUCGCUGCCGCCGCUGUCGCUGGCCAACGAGAGCAAGAUCCCGCCCAUGGGCCUGGACUGCCUGGCCCAGGUGACGGGCUUCCUGAAGGGCGUGACCAUGCCCAACUCGGGGGCGGACAUCCUGGGCCGCAGGCUGGCGUCGGAGCUGCUGCUGGGGCUGGCCGCGCAGCGCGGCUCCCUGCGCUACCUGCUGGAGUGGAUCGAGAUGGCGCUGGCCGCGUCGGCCGUCGUCAGCGCCAUGGAGAAGAGCCGCGACGCCCUCGGUCAGGAGGGGCUCAUCGGCUACGACUGCUUCAUGAACAUCCUGAUGCAGAUGCGCCGCUCGCUGGGCUCCUCUGCGGAUCGAAACCAGUGGAGGGAGCCCACGCGGACGGCCGACGGGCUCUGCUCCCUGUACGAGGCGGCGCUCUGCCUGUUCGAAGAGGUGUGCAGAAUGGCGUCGGACUACUCGCGGACCUGCGCCAGCCCGGACAGCAUCCAGACGGGGGAGGCGCCCAUGGUCUCGGAGACCUGCGAGGUGUACGUCUGGGGCAGCAACAGCAGCCACCAGCUGGUGGAAGGCACCCAGGAGAAGAUCCUGCAGCCCAAGCUGGCGCCCAGCUUUGCCGACGCCCAGACGAUCGAAGCGGGGCAGUACUGCACCUUCGUCAUCUCGUCCGACGGCUCGGUGCGGGCCUGCGGGAAGGGCAGCUACGGGCGGCUGGGCCUGGGCGACUCCAACAACCAGUCCACCCUCAAGAAGCUGACCUUCGAGCCCCACCGGGCCAUCAAGAAGGUGUCGUCCUCCAAGGGCUCGGACGGCCACACCCUGGCCUUCACCACCGAGGGCGAGGUGUUCAGCUGGGGCGACGGCGACUACGGCAAGCUGGGCCACGGCAACAGCUCCACGCAGAAGUACCCCAAGCUCAUCCAGGGGCCCCUGCAGGGAAAGGUGGUGGUGUGCGUGUCCGCGGGGUACAGGCACAGCGCCGCCGUGAGCGAGGACGGGGAGCUCUACACCUGGGGCGAGGGAGAUUUCGGGAGGCUCGGUCACGGGGACAGCAACAGCAGAAACAUUCCUACUCUGGUGAAGGACAUCAGCAACGUCGGGGAGGUGUCCUGCGGGAGCUCUCACACCAUCGCGCUGUCCAAAGACGGCCGCACCGUCUGGUCCUUCGGCGGCGGAGACAACGGCAAGCUGGGACAUGGCGACACCAACCGGGUGUACAAACCCAAAGUGGUGGAGGCCUUGCAGGGCAUGUUCAUACGGAAGGUGUGCGCAGGGAGCCAGUCCUCUCUCGCCCUCACCUCCACCGGACAGGUGUACGCCUGGGGCUGCGGGGCCUGCCUCGGGUGCGGCUCCUCCGAAGCCACCGCCCUCCGGCCGAAGCUGAUCGAAGAGCUGGCCACCACCAGGGUGGUGGACAUCUCCAUCGGGGACAGCCACUGCCUGGCCCUCUCGCACGACAACGAGGUGUAUGCCUGGGGCAACAACUCCAUGGGUCAGUGUGGCCAAGGAAACUCCACCGGGCCCAUCACAAAACCCAAGAAGGCCAUCGGCCUGGACGGGGUGGCCAUCCAGCAGAUCUCCGCUGGCACCUCCCACAGCCUGGCGUGGACCGCCCUGCCCCGGGACAGGCAAGUGGUGGCUUGGCACCGCCCCUACUGCGUGGAUUUGGAAGAAAGCACUUUCUCACACCUGCGGUCCUUUCUGGAGCGGUACUGCGACGGCAUCAACAGUGAGGUGCCCCCCCUUCCCUUCCCCUCAUCAAGGGAGCAUCACAACUUCCUCAAACUGUGUCUCAAACUCCUGUCCAAUCACCUGGCUCUGGCUCUGGCCGGAGGCGUGGCCACCAGCAUCCUGGGUCGCCAGGCGAGGCCCCUGAGGAACCUGCUGUUCCGCCUCAUGGACUCCUCUGUGCCGGACGAGAUCCAGGAGGCUGUUAUAGAGACCUUGUCUGUGGGAGCCACCAUGCUCCUCCCUCCUCUGCGUGAGCGAAUGGAACUGCUGCACUCCCUCCUCCCCCAGGGACCAGACAGAUGGGAGAGCCUAUCCAAAGGACAGAGGAUGCAGCUGGACAUUAUCCUGACCAGCCUGCAGGACCACACCCACGUGGCCUCCCUGCUGGGGUACAGCUCCCCCCCGGACCCCCCGGAGGCGCCUCCCGCGGGCCUGGCCUUCAGCCUGCCCCCGGACCCCUCCUACAGCUCCCCGGGGAGCCACCCCGACACGCACCUGGCCGAGAUCCUGAUGAAGACCCUGCUGAGGAACCUGGGCUUUUACACGGACCAGGCAUUUGGAGAGCUGGAGAAGAACAGUGACAAGCUGCAGCAGGGCGCCUCCCCCUCGGACAGCAGCCAGCCGGCUCACCUGCACGAGCUGCUGUGCUCCCUGCAGAAGCAGCUGCUGGCCUACUGCCACAUCAACAGCGUCACAGAGAACUCCAGCAGCGUGGCUCUCCUGCACAAGCACCUGCAGCUGCUCCUCCCCCACGCCACGGACAUCUUCUCCCGCUCCGCCACCCUGCUGAAGGAGAGCUCGGGCAACGGCAGCGUCAGGGAGAAGCUCAGAGACGUGGUGUACGUGUCUGCGGCCGGCAGCAUGCUGUGCCAGAUCAUCAACUCCCUGCUCCUGCUGCCCGUCUCGGUGGCACGCCCCCUGCUGGGCUUCCUGCUGGACCUGCUGCCCCCGCUGGACCGCCUGAACAGGCUGCUCCCCGCCGCCGCCCUGCUGGAGGACCAGGAGCUGCAGUGGCCCCUGCACGGUACCCCAGACUCGGUGGACCCGGCGGGUUUGCCGCUCCCCCAGCCGGCCCAGUCGUGGGUGUGGCUGGUGGACCUGGAGCGCACGGUGGCCCUGCUGGUGGGCCGCUGCCUGGGGGGCAUGCUGCAGGGGGCGGGGGUCUCCCCGGAGGAGCAGGACACCAGCUACUGGCUCAAGACCCCGCUCUUCAGCAACGGCCUGGAGAUGGACAUCCCCCAACUGGAUAACUGCAUAAGCUCUUUGCUGGAAGCGGCCCUGUCCGGGAACGAGGAGCAGAAGCCCUUCGAGUGCGCGCUGCGUCCCGACAUGUCCGUGCUGGUGGACCUGGCGCUCGGGUCCACCAAGGAGCCCGCCAACAGCCUGUGGAUCAACAUGCAGGACUACGCCAUCAGCAAAGACUGGGACAACGCCACCCUGAGCAGCGAGUCCCUGCUGGACACCGUGUCCCGCUUCGUGCUGGCGGCCAUGCUGAAGCACACGGGCCUGCUGAGCCAGGCCCGGGGAGAGGGCAGGUACCAGCCCUGUAAGGCCCUGGCGGAGGUGUACCGCAGUGUUUACAAGGUCCGCAACCGCCUGCUGGCCUGCAAGAACAUGGAGCUCAUUCAGACACGCUCGUCCUCCAGGGAGAGACGGGUCUCGGAUAACCAGGACUCCCUGGACAUGGACCCUCAGGAGCACUCCUUCACACGCACCAUCGAUGAGGAGGCAGAGCUUGAGGAGCGGGCGGACCGUGAGCGGGAGGAGGGGCACCCGGAGCAGGACGACGAGGAGGACGAGCGGGAACACGAAGUCAUGACUGCAGGGAAAAUCUUUCAAUGUUUCCUCUCAGCGCGGGAGGCGGCCCGCAGCCGCGAGAGGGAGCGGGCCAGCAGCGGGGCGGGGCUGGGCCCCUCGUCCGGCCCGCGGGGGGGCGAGGACGAGCCCCCCCAGUCCCAGGAGGACCGGCGGGGCAGCGCGGGCCUGCCCGAGGGCCAGGACCUGUACACGGCCGCCUGCAACUCGGUGAUCCACCGCUGCGCCCUGCUGGUGCUGGGCGUCAGCCCCGUGCAGGGGGACCCGCUCAAACAGCAGCAGGAGGAGGGCCCCGCCCAGCCGCCCGGCGGGGCCGCCCAGGAGGGCGUCGGCUUCAUGACCAGGAGCGAGAGCCUGACUGCGGAGAGCCGCUCUGUCCAGGCCAGCCCCAGCUACAGGCUCAUCAAAUCCAGGAGCGAGUCAGACCUGUCCCAGCCCGAGUCUGACGAGGAGGGCUAUGCCCUGAGUGGGAGGAGAAAUGACCUGGAUUUGGCAUCCUCGCAUAAAAGGAGAGGGCUGCUGCAGAGCUCUCCGGACGCCCUGGCCGACUCCUGGUACUGGCGUGGGCGGGACCGGCUGUACGGGGAGUCAGACCUGGACCUCAGCCGGUCCCUGGGGGUGCACGCCCUGAUCGACAACAUGGUGAGCUUCGUCAGCGGCGACGUGGGCAACGCGCCCGCCUUCAAGGAGCCCGAGGAGGGCACGUCCACCAGCCCGCAGGGCGCCAUCAUCGCCAUGGAGCAGCAGCAGAGCCGGGCCGAGCUGCGGCUGGAGGCCCUGCACCAGAUGGUGGUGCUGCUCUCGGGGAUGGAGGAGAAGAGCCAGGCGGCGGGCGUGGGCCGCAGUGCCCCACCCUUCCAGUCCUCCUCCCUGCUCACCUCCGUGCGCCUGCAGUUCCUGGCCGGCUGCUUCGGCCUGGGCACCGUCGGCACCGGCGGCACCAAGGGCGAGAGCGUCCAGCUGCACCACUACCAGGACGGUAUCAGAGCCGCCAAGAGGAGCCUGCAGAGGGACAUCCAGACCGCCGUGCACAAGAUCUACCAGCAGCUGUCCGUCACGCUGGAGAGGGCGCUGCAGGCCAAUCAGCACCACUCUGAGGCCCAACAGCGCCUCCUCCUGGUGACGGUGUUUGCGCUGAGCGUGCGCUACCAGCCGGUGGACGUGUCCCUGGCCAUCUCCAGCGGGCUGCUGAACGUGCUCUCUCAGCUGUGCGGGACGGACACCAUGCUGGGACAGCCCCUGCAGCUGCUGCAGAAACCGGGCGUGUCCCAGCUCAGCACCGCCCUCAAAGUGGCCAGCACCCGCCUGCUGCAGAUCCUGGCCAUCAGCACUGGCACGUAUGCAGACAAGCUGAGCCCCAAGGUGGUGCAGUCCCUGCUGGACCUGCUGUGCAGCCAGCUGAAGAACCUACUCUCCCAGGCGGGGGUCAGCCCACUGGCCACGGGCAAGGAGGAAGAGGAGGAGAAGUCUGAGGAAGGAUCUGACCCAGAGAAGAAGGACUUCAGAGCUCUCCUGCGCAAGCAGCACACGGCGGAGCUGCACCUGGGGGACUUCCUGGUGUUCCUGCGCCGCGUCGUCUCCUCCAAAGCCAUCCAGUCCAAAAUGGCCUCCCCGAAGUGGACCGAAGUCCUGCUCAACAUCGCCGCCCAGAAGUGCUGCUCAGGAGUUCCUCUGGUGGGGAACCUGCGGACGCGGCUGCUGGCCCUCCACGUGCUGGAAGCGGUGCUGCCGGCGUGCGAGUCCAGCGUGGAGGACGACCAGAUGACCCAGGUGGUGGAGCGCUUGUUCUCCCUGCUCUCCGACUGCAUGUGGGAGGCGCCCAUCGCCCAGGCCAAGCACGCCAUCCAGCUGAAAGAGAAGGAGCAGGAGCUCAAGCUGCAGGGGGAGGCGGAGGAGGAGGACGAGAACCUGCCCAUCCAGGAGGUGUCGUUCGACCCGGAGAAGGCCCAGUGCUGCGUGGUGGAGAACGGCCAGGGUCUGACGCACGGCAGCGGGGGCAAGGGCUACGGCCUGGCCUCCACCGGCAUCUCCUCCGGCUGCUACCAGUGGAAGUUCUACAUCGUGAAGGAGAACCGGGGCAACGAGGGCACCUGCGUGGGCGUGUCCCGCUGGCCGGUGCACGACUUCAACCACCGCACCACCUCGGACAUGUGGCUGUACCGCGCCUACAGCGGGAACCUGUACCACAACGGGGAGCAGGCCCUCACGCUGUCCAGCUUCACCCAGGGCGACUACAUCACCUGCGUGCUGGACAUGGAGGCCCGCACCGUCUCCUUCGGCAAGAACGGAGAGGAGCCCAAAUUAGCCUUCGAGGACGUGGACGCCACCGAGCUCUACCCCUGCGUGAUGUUCUACAGCAGCAACCCCGGCGAGAAGGUGAAGAUCUGCGACAUGCAGAUGAGGGGCACGCCGCGGGACCUGUUGCCGGGCGACCCCAUCUGCAGCCCGGUGGCCACGGUGCUGGCGGAGGCGGCGAUCCAGCUGAUCCGCAUCCUGCACCGCAUGGACCGCUGGACCCACUGCAUCAACAAGACCAUGAUGGAGCGGCUGCACAAGAUCAAGGCCUGCUUCCGCGAGGGCGGGGGCCCCGGGGGGGGCCAGCGGCUCCGCAAGAGCCGCUCGGUGCAGAGCCGCGAGGAGCACGACGCCCGCCAGGACCAGCGGGAGGAGGAGAAGGGCCGCCACGCGCGCCACGGCCUGGGGGACCUGCCGGAGGCCCAGCUGCGCACCCUCUGCUCCGAGGUGUGGCCCGUGCUGGCCGUCAUGGGCGGGGCCGACGCCGGCCUGCGGGUGGGCGGCAGGUGCGUCCACAAGCAGACCGGGCGGCACGCCACCCUGCUGGGCGUGGUCAAGGAGGGCAGCACCUCCGCCAAGGUGCAGUGGGACGAGGCCGAGAUCACCAUCAGCUUCCCAACUUUUUGGUCGCCUAGUGACACGCCCCUGUACAACCUGGAGCCGUGCGAGCCCCUGCCCUUCGACGUGUCGCGCUUCCGCGGGCUGACCGCCUCGCUGCUGCUGGACCUCACCUACCUGACCAGCAUCCACGAGGACGCCGGCAAGCCCGCCGCCCGCCGGCACGACCGCCGGCACCGCCGCGGGUCCGAGGAGAAGGCGGAGGCGGAGGCGCGGGCCGAGCCGGAGGCCGGGCGGGAGACGGGCGACCUGCGGGUGUCCCACAGCCUGGACGAGGUCAAGGCCCACGCCGCCGCCUCCAAGUCGGAGGGCGAGAUCGCCGCCUCCUUCGCCCUGGACGGCCAGCAGGCCCCCGCGGCCGAGCCCAAGCGCCGGCCCCACGAGCACGGCGGGCGGGGCCACGAGGCGGCGCAGGCCCAGUCGGAGAUGCGCGCCGUGCAGCUGUCCUACCUCUACCUGGGCGCCAUGAAGUCGCUGAGCGCCCUGCUCAGCUGCAGCCGCUACGCCGAGCUGCUCCUGGUUCCCAAGGCGCUGGCGGAGAACGGGCACAACGCCGACUGCGCCGGCUCGCCCGUCCUGCAGGAGGAGGUGGAGAUGCGCGCGGCGCUGCAGUUCCUCAUGCGCCACAUGGUGAAGCGGGCCGUGGUGCGCUCGCCCAUCAAGCGCGCGCUGGGCCUGGCCGACCUGGAGCGCGCCCAGGCCAUGAUCUACAAGCUGGUGGUCAACGGACUCCUGGAGGAGCAGUAUGGGGGCAAAGUCAAGCCUGAAGCGGACCCGGAGGCCGAGGAGACGGAGGGCAGCCAGCUGGCCCAGACCCCGGUCACCACCAGCCCCUCGGCCUCCAGCACCACCUCCUUCAUGAGCAGCUCUCUGGAGGACACCACCACCGCCACCACGCCCGUCACCGACACAGAGACCGUGCCCGCGUCCGAGUCGCCCGGCGUCAUGCCCCUGAGCCUGCUCAGGCAAAUGUUCUCCAGCUAUCCGACCACCACCCUGCUCCCCACACGCCGCGCACAGACCCCCCCGGUCUCCUCUCUCCCCACCUCCCCCUCAGACGAGGUGGGGAGGAGACAGAGCCUCACCUCCCCGGACUCCCAGCCCACCAGGACCAGCAACCGCACAGCCCUGUCGGACCCCAGCAGCCGGCUCUCCACCUCCCCGCCCCCUCCAGCCAUCGCCGUGCCGCUGCUGGAGAUGGGCUUCUCCCUGCGCCAGAUCUCCAAGGCCCUGGAGGCCACAGGGGCCCGGGGUGAGGCGGAUGCCCAGAACAUCACGGUGCUGGCCAUGUGGAUGAUCGAGCACCCCGGUGAGGAUGAGGAGGAGUCCCACACAGGCGGGGGCGGGGCCGACUCCUGCCCCGGGGCCAUGUCCUCCAACGGCGGGGGCAAAUCCGUGGAGAGGAGCUACCUGCGCUCCCCCGCGGACAUCCCCAACGCCGACGCCGCCGAGAUGGAGGAGGGCUUCAGCGAGAGCCCGGAGGGUCUGGAACAGGACAGCGCCUCUGCUGCCAGUGGCCCCACCCCAAGGGGGCGCUCCUCCGUCAGCCGAAAGCACCGGUUUGACCUGGCAGCCCGGACACUGCUGUCCCGUGCAGCCGGGCUGUACCGCUCGGUCCAGGCCCACCGCAGCCAGAGCCGGCGGGACGGCGGCAGUGCCCUGCAGCAGGACCCCGGCACCCUGUACGACUUCAACCUGGACGAGGAGCUGGAGAUGGACCUGGACGAGGAGACCAUGGAGGCCAUGUUCGGCCAGGACCUGGCCAGCGACACCGACAUUCUGGGAAUGUGGAUCCCGGAGGUACUGGACUGGCCAACAUGGCACGUGUGUGAGACGGAGGACCGUGACGAGGUGGUGGUGUGUGAGCUGUGCGAGAGCAGCGUGGCUAACUUCAACCAGCACAUGAAGAAGAACCACCCGGGCUGCGGCCGCAGCGCCAACCGCCAGGGUUACCGCAGCAACGGCUCCUACGUGGACGGCUGGUUCGGCGGGGAGUGCGGCAGCGGAAACCCGUACUACCUGCUGUGCGGCAGCUGCCGGGAGAAGUACCUGGCCGUCAAGAGCAAAGCCAAGGUGCCCGUGCCGGAGAGAUACAAGGGGCAGGCUCCAGACCUCCUGGGGAAGCAGGACAGUGUGUAUGAAGAGGACUGGGACAUGCUGGACGUGGAUGAGGAUGAGAAGCUGACGGGGGAGGAGGAGUUUGAGCUGCUGGCGGGGCCGCUGGGUCUGAGCGAGCGCAGGAUGGUCCCGGAGGCCGUGCAGUUCCCCGACAGCGACCCCCUCGGGGCCUCCGUCGCCAUGGUCACCGCCACCAACAGCAUGGAGGAAACUCUGCUGCAAAUCGGCUGCCACGGCUCCGUGGAGAAGAGCUCCUCCGGCAGGGUGACCCUGGGCGAGCAGGCCGCCGCCCUGCUCAACCCCCACGACCGCGUCAUGGCCCUGAAGAGGGUGACCGCCGCCGCCCAAGUGCUGCUGGCCAGGACCAUGGUGAUGAGGGCGCUGUCCCUGCUGUCCGUCAGCGGGUCCAGCUGCAGCCUGGCGGCGGGGCUGGAGUCCCUGGGCCUGACGGACAUCCGGACGCUGGUGCGCCUCAUGUGCCUGGCGGCCGCCGGACGCGCGGGGCUCUCCACCAGCCCGCUGGCCGGACCCGGCGCCUCGGAGCGCCCGCGGGGAGCCGCCAAGGCCAGCAAGCCCAUCUCCUGCCUGGCCUACUUGAGCACCGCCGUGGGCUGCCUGGCCUCCAACAGCCCCAACGCCGCCAAGCUGCUGGUCCAGCUCUGCACGCAGAAUCUGAUCUCUGCCGCCACGGGCAUGAACCUGACCACGGUGGACGACCCCAUCCAGAGGAAGUUCCUGCCCAGCUUCCUGAGGGGCGUGGCCGAGGAGAACAAGCUGGUGACCUCGCCCAACUUUGUGGUCACCCAGGCGCUGGUGGCCCUGCUGGCCGACAAAGGGGCCAAGCUGAGGCCCAACUACGACAAGACGGACAUGGAGAAGAGAGGUCUUGUAGCGCAUUUGUUUGCCCAUCCUUCAUAUAAUCCUUCCGCUGUAGGCCCCCUGGAGCUGGCCAACGCGCUGGCGGCCUGCUGCGUGUCCACGCGCCUGUCCUCGCAGCACCGCCAGUGGGCCGCCCAGCAGCUGGUCCGCACGCUGGCCGCGCACGACCGCGACAACCAGAGCCGACCGCAGACCUUCGCCGACAUGGCCGGCGACCUGCGCAAGUGCUCUUUCCUCAAGCUGGAGGCCCACCAGAGCCGGGUUGUCGCCUGUGGCUGGUGUAGCCGAAAAGGCCUGCUGGCCACCAGUGGCAAUGACGGGACGGUCAGGGUGUGGAACGUGACAAAAAGCCAGUACACCCUCCAGCAGACCUGCAUCUUCAAUAAAAUGGACGGCUCGGCGGAGGACGGCCUGGGCUGUGUGGGCUCCCCGGGGGACCCCAGCCUGGCCCCCGUGUCCUGGAGCGUCAGUGGGAGGUACCUGGCGGCCGCCAUGGAGAAGAUGGUCAACAUCUGGCAGGUCAACGGGGGGAAGGGGCUGCUGGACGUGCAGCCUCACUGGGUGUCGGCGCUGGCCUGGCCGGAGAGAGAGCCGGCCUCCCUGUGGGCGGGCGAGCCGCUGGAGCUGCUGCUGGUGGGCCGGAUGGACGGCUCGGUGGGCCUCAUCGAGGUGGUGGACGCCUCCGCCAUGCAGAGGGUGGAGCUGGAGCACUGCUGCAGGAAGGACGUGGCCGUAAUGCACAUUGCCUGGUACAGCGAGGACAAGCCCUUCGCCAUCGGAUACGCCGACGGAAAGCUUCUGAUCGGCUCCAAGGAGCCACUGGAGAAGGGAGCCAUCGUGGUCAUCGACGCGCACAAGGAGUCCAUCAGCUGCAUGAGGUGGGACCCCAGCGGCCAGGUCCUCCUCACCUGCGCCAAGGAGGAGACGGUGAAGCUGUGGGCCUGCCCCUGUCCCGGGGCGGGCUGGAGGUGCCUGCAGGCCCUCGCCCAUCCCGCCACCGUCAACAGCGUGGCCUGGUGCGGCCUGCCCGGGCAGAGCCCCAAGCCCCUCAACAUGCUGGCUACGUGCUGCCAGAACGGCCUGGUCUGCGUCUGGACCGUCCCGCAGGACGUGCGCGACUUCCCAGAGUGCAGUUCCAGCGGCUGUGAUGUGUGGUGGGAAAUGGAACCGAAGUCAAAGCUAAAGCACACUUACCGGCGGCCCAAGGGCGUGACCUGCGUGUUCCAGCUGAAGGGCCACAUCACGCCCGCGCGGACCGUGGCGUUCAGCCCCGACGGCCUGGCCCUGGUGUCCGGCGGCGUGGGCGGCCUCGUCAACAUCUGGUCCCUGCGGGACGGGUCCGUGCUGCAGACUGCCGUAGCCGGGUCCGGCGCCAUCAACAACACCGUCUGGAUCCCCGACGUGGGAGUGGCCAUCUGCUCCAACAGGUCCAAGGACGUGCUGGUGGUGAACUGCACGCCCGAGUUCAUGGCCAACAACCACGUUCUGGCCACCUGCAGAACGGCCCUGAAGAGGCAGGGGGUUGUGGGAUUGAACAUGGCUCCCUGCAUGAGGGCUUUCCUGGAGAGGCUGCCCGUGAUGCUCCAGGAGCAGUACACCUACGAGAAGCCCCACGUGGUGUGCGGAGAGCAGCUUGUGCACAGUCCCUACAUGCAGUGCCUGGCCUCGCUGGCAGUGGGCCUGCAGCUGGACCAGCUGCUGUGCAGCCCCCCGGUGCCCCCCCACCUGCGCCUCUGCCCCCUGGACCCGGGCGCCUGGAACCCCAGCGAGUGGGCGUGGCUCGACUGCUUCUCCACCACCGUCAAAGCGGCCGAGGCGCUGGCCCGCGGCGCCCCCUUCCCAGAGUCCUUCACUGUGCCCGACCUGGAGCCGGUGCCCGAGGCCGAGCUGGCCCUGCUCAUGGACAACAGCAAGUGGGUCUCUGGAAUGGAUGAGCAAAUUAUGUCCUGGGCCACCUCCAGACCGGAGGACUGGCACCUUGGUGGAAAGUGUGAUGUGCUGUUGUGGGGAGCUGGACGCCAUGGGCAGCUGGCAGAGGCUGGCAGAAACACGCUGGUGCCAACCAUCGCCCCCUCCUUCUCCCAGGCCCAGCAGGUGGUGUGCGGGCAGAACUGCUCCUUCGUCAUCCAGGCCAACGGCACGGUUCUGGCCUGCGGGGAGGGCAGCUACGGCCGGCUGGGCCAGGGCAACUCGGACGACCUGCACGUGCUCACCGUCAUCUCCGCCCUGCAAGGCUUUGUGGUGACCCAGCUGGUCACGUCGUGCGGCUCGGACGGCCACUCCAUGGCUUUGACGGAGAGCGGGGAGGUGUUCAGCUGGGGCGACGGGGACUACGGCAAACUGGGCCACGGCAACAGCGACCGGCAGCGGCGACCGCGCCAGAUAGAGGCUCUGCAGGGAGAGGAGGUGGUGCAGAUGUCCUGCGGGUUCAAGCACUCGGCCGUGGUGACCGCGGACGGCAAGCUCUUCUCCUUCGGAAACGGGGACUAUGGGCGGCUGGGCCUGGGGAACACGUCCAACAAGAAGCUCCCGGAGCGCGUGACGGCGCUGGAGGGGUACCAGGUCGGACAGGUGGCCUGCGGGCUGAACCACACGCUCGCCGUGUCGGCUGACGGCAUGAUGGUGUGGGCGUUCGGCGACGGCGACUACGGGAAGCUGGGGCUGGGAAAUUCCACAGCGAAGUCGUCUCCCCAGAAAGUGGACGUGCUCUGCGGCAUCGGAAUCAAGAAGGUGUGCUGUGGGACGCAGUUCUCCGUGGCCCUCACCAAGGACGGGAACGUGUACACGUUUGGGCAAGACCGUCUGAUUGGCCUGCCGGAGGGGCGGGCCCGGAACCACAACCGCCCCCAGCAGGUGCCCGCCCUGUCGGGCAUCUUCAUCGAGGACAUCGCGGUGGGGGCGGAGCACACGCUGGCGCUGUCCUCCACCGGCGACGUCUACACCUGGGGCAGCAACUCGGAGGGCCAGCUGGGACUGGGCCACACCAACCACGUGAGGGAGCCCACGCUGGUGACCACGCUGCAGGGGAAGAACAUCCACCAGAUCUCCGCCGGCCGCUGCCACAGCGCGGCGUGGACCGCCCCCUCCGUCCCGCCCAGAGCUCCCGGCUCCUCGGUGCCCCUGCAGUUGGGGCUGCCCGUGGCCGUGCCCCCCCAGUACAGCUCUCUGAAGGAGGUCAGCAUGGAGGCCAUCCGCGCCAGACUCCGCCUCCUUUACCACUUCUCUGACCUCAUGUACUCCUCCUGGAGACUGCUCAACCUGAGCCCCAACAACCAGAGCUGCACCUCGCACUACAACGCGGGCACCUGGGGCAUCGUCCAGGGCCAGCUGAGGCCGCUGCUGGCCCCGCGCGUCUACACGCUGCCCAUGGUGCGCUCCAUCGGCAAGACCAUGGUGCAGGGCAAGAACUACGGCCCCCAGAUCACCGUCAAGAGGAUCUCCACCCGGGGGCGCAAGUGCAAGCCCAUCCUGGUGCAGAUCGCGCGGCAGGUGGUGAAGCUCAACGCCUCGGACCUGCGGCUGCCGUCCCGCGCCUGGAAGGUGAAGCUGGUGGGCGAGGGGGCGGACGACGCCGGCGGCGUGUUCGACGACACCAUCACCGAGAUGUGCCAGGAGCUGGAGACGGGCGUGGCAGACCUGCUCAUCCCCUCCCCCAACGCCACGGCUGAGGUGGGGUACAACAGAGACAGGUUCCUGUUCAACCCCUCGGCCUGCCUGGACGAGCACCUCCUGCAGUUCAAGUUCCUGGGCAUCCUGAUGGGCGUGGCCAUCCGCACCAAGAAGCCGCUGGACCUGCACCUGGCGCCGCUGGUGUGGAAACAGCUGUGCUGCAUCCCGCUGGUCCUGGAGGACCUGGAGGAGGUGGACCUGCUGUACGUCCAGACCCUCAACAGCAUUCUUCACAUUGAAGACAGCGGCAUCACCGAGGAAAAUUUCCAUGAGAUGAUCCCCAUCGACUCGUUCGUCGGGCAGAGUGCGGACGGGAAGAUGGUGCCCAUAAUCCCGGGAGGGAACAGCAUUCCGCUCACCUUCUCCAACCGGAAGGAGUACGUGGACCGCGCCAUCGAGUACAGGCUGCACGAGAUACACCGCCAAGUGGCGGCGGUGCGCGAGGGCAUGUCGUGGAUCGUGCCGGUGCCCCUGCUCUCCCUGCUGACGGCGGGCCAGCUGGAGCAGAUGGUGUGCGGCAUGCCCGAGAUCUCGGUGGACGUGCUGAAGAAGGUGGUGCGCUACCGCGAGGUGGACGAGCAGCACCAGCUGGUGCAGUGGUUCUGGCAGACGCUGGAGGAGUUCUCCAACGAGGAGCGCGUCCUCUUCAUGCGCUUCGUCUCGGGCCGGUCCCGCCUGCCCGCCAACUCCGCCGACAUCUCCCAGAGGUUCCAGAUCAUGAAGGUGGACCGGCCCUACGACAGCCUGCCAACCUCCCAGACCUGCUUCUUCCAGCUGCGCCUGCCCCCGUACUCCAACCAGCCAGUCAUGGCCGAGCGGCUGCGUUACGCCAUCAACAACUGCCGAUCCAUCGACAUGGACAACUACAUGCUCUCCCGCAACGUGGACAACGCAGAGGGCUCCGACACGGACUAUUAAAGAAACAUUCGAAAGACACGUGAUCAAACCCCACCCCCUCAACCGUGCCCCCCUCUCCCCACUUCCCUGUUCUCCCCCAGUAGACUCACUCCCACAGACUCCCACGAAAGGUGUGUCACUUCACAAAUAGGAACUCUAGGGCAUAAAACGCAUUUAUGAAACUGGCCACUUUUUAAGUAUUCAGUGUACUUGCGAACAUAAUCAAUUCAGUGUUUUUAUUUUCACCUUGUGGUUUAUUAGCAGUUAAAAAACAAUCGACACAAGCAGUGAAUUGAGUAUUUUUUUGUUUUUUCUUUGCUCCAUCCUAUUUUCAGGGUUUUUCUUUUUUAAGUUUGCAUGGAGGAAUGUUUAAUUUGUUGGGAAAUGUGUAUAGGUUAACCAGCCCAAUGGAAAAAAAAGAAAAGAAAAAAACAAAAUUGUACAUUGUGUAUAAUUCUUCAUUAGGAAAAAGUUUUACAUAAAUAUUCAUAUUUAUUUUGUUUUAAUUUUGAAUUGUCUAUGCCGAGUUUCCUAAAGCAGAAAAAAAAACAAUAAAUGCUUAAAUACUGAA